GUCAGUGUGUAUCCAGCUGCAACCUCGUGAUUUUGCGGAAAUUUGUGUGUGACAUUCUCGUGGUAAUUUAUAAGCGUUUAUAAACUGCAAACAAGAAUAAGUGAAAAAAUUGUUCCGGAAGUAAAUUAAUACGGUAUUUCAUUUAUAUUACAAUAACAGCUGAGUUGAUGACGGUGUGUGAGUGUUGUAAUUUUUCAGGUUAUGUUCAUAACAGUCAAAUACCUGAUUUAUUAGUGGUUGCUAUUUUUGGCCUGUCCGGUAAAGUCGCUACGUGUAUCUUCAUAAAAGAAACGGUUGAGAUUAUGACGUGUUGUGAGGAGCAGUUUGCCUAUGCAGUGAUUUCCGUCAUGUAUUUCGUGACUGACUGGAAAAGGCGGACAGUGAAGUUCAAACAUUCGCUAUGUUAGUGCGGUUAUGUUGACUUAAGUGUAAUAAUGUUCGUGAUGAUAAUUUGCUGUAAUCUGAUGUAGACAUAGAGCGGCGCCAGAUUGUAGUGCUAACACUGUAGAAUUUAAGCCAUGGACCAGGACCCAACAAUGUGGAUAAAAAAAGAGGAAACAGAUGAAGUAAAAACUGAGUUACGCUCGAUGGCCAACAAAAUUUUCCAAUACUCAGUUUUGACAACCAGAGGCAACAUCUGCCCAGUGAGAGCUCGACAUUUGGAGAAUGGAUGCAAACAAGGCUCAGGUUUACCCAUCCAGCAUGAGGAGGGUGUGAAUAAAGAGUUUCUUGAAGACCCAUUAAAGACUGAAGGACCUAGUGUUUCGGUAAAGCAAGAUCCCGAACUGAAACAACAUGCUGAUGGAUCAGAGCAUAAUUCUGUUAAAGAUCCAUUUGGAAUAUCUUGGUCCACUGAUUUUAUCAAGGAGGAUCCUGAAUUGAAUUUGGAAAUUAAUGUCACUGAGGAUAUUGCUGGUGAACAAAGCUGAUGGUGGAAUGUACCUCUACAGUCCCAUGCAUAGGUCAGGCCCAUUCAGCACUGAGUAUAUACCCUGAUAACACCACCAGCUGUCUACUGUAGAUUUUGUCAGUCAAGCA